GAAUUCAUAUAUAUGACAGAGGCAACAGCAUUGUGUCUGGCGUAAAUGGGCAAGAUCUUCAGUCCCAGGCAAUGGGCAAGUAUGAUAUUUGAAGAGAAUGGAAGCCACUUAGACAGUGUGAUCUAGCACAACAGGUCUACAGCCAGGUAGAAGACAAUACCUCUGAAGAGUCUGAGCAUGACAUCACUCAAGAAGAAGAGUAGGAGGAAGCCUUCUUCCCAGGCCCUGGGGAAUAUUGUUGGCUGCAGAAUUUCUCACGGGUGGAAGGAAGGUAAUGAGCCUGUCACCCAUUGGAAGGCCAUCAUUCUAGGUCAACUGCCAACAAACCCUUCUCUUUAUUUGGUGAAGUAUGACGGAAUUGACAGUGUCUACGGACAGGAGCUCCACAGCGAUGAGAGGAUUUUAAAUCUUAAGGUCUUGCCUCACAAAGUAGUUUUUCUUCAGGUGAGGGAUGUCCACCUCGCCAGCGCCCUGGUUUGCAGAGAGGUACAACACAAAUUUGAGGGGAAAGAUGGCUCUGAGGACAACUGGAGUGGGAUGGUGCUAGCCCAGGUGCCAUUCUUACAGGACUAUUUUUACAUUUCCUACAAGAAGGAUCCGGUCCUCUACGUCUAUCAGCUCCUGGAUGACUACAAGGAAGGUAACCUCCACAUCAUUCCAGAGACCCCUCUGGCUGAGGCGAGAUCAGGUGAUGACAAUGACUUCUUAAUAGGUUCCUGGGUGCAGUACACCAGAGAUGAUGGAUCCAAAAAGUUCGGAAAGGUUGUUUACAAAGUUCUAGCCAAUUCUACUGUGUACUUUAUCAAAUUUCUCGGUGACCUACAUAUCUAUGUCUAUACUCUGGUGUCAAAUAUCACUUAAAUUAAAAAAAAUCACAAAGUACAGAAAAGUAAACUUAUAGGAUUGAAAAAAAUGUUUAUUUUCCUGUGUUGGGUACCUAUGGGUCUUUGACAACCUCAGUAUCUUUGUCAAUAAAAUUUGUUUUGUUCUAAAAA